UUUCCGUUGCUUCGUCCAUUUUUCACGAUCCGCACAUGGUGCUGCACCGGCCGGACGCCGCCAGCCUCUUAAUUUUUGGGAUUUCAGCCCCGUUGUAGCGAGGAAAACCCGUCGCGCAGUCCUGUUAAAUGCAAGAUACGGUGGAUAUGGUGGACGACCCCGAGUAUGAAGAGGAGGAGCCCUCCUUCAGCGACCCCGAGGACUACGAGGACGAUGUCGAUGACGAGGAGCUUCUGGGUGACAUCCUGAGGGAGAAGCCCCAGGAGGCUGACGGCAUAGACUCGGUGGUGGUGGUGGACAACGUGCCUCAGGUGGGGCCAGAGCGUUUGGAAAAGCUCAAGAAUGUCAUACACAAGAUCUUCUCCAAGUUUGGCAAGAUCACGACCGAGUUUUACCCAGAGGCCGAAGGCUUGACCAAAGGGUACAUCUUCCUGGAGUAUGCUGCUCCUACCCAGGCCCUGGAGGCGGUGAAGAACGCAGAUGGAUACAAACUCGACAAACAGCAUACGUUCAGGGUCAACCUCUUCACAGACUUUGACAAGUACAUGAACAUCAGUGAUGAGUGGGAAACUCCAGAGAAGCAGCCGUUCAAAGACUUUGGAAAUAUGCGUCAUUGGAUCGAGGACCCAGAUUGCCGUGACCAGUACAGUGUGAUCUAUGAAGCUGGAGAGAGGACCGCCAUUUUCGCCAAUGAUGCUAAAGAGCCCAUCGUAGCUGAAGAGAGAGCACGCUGGACAGAGACGUACGUCCGCUGGUCUCCUAAAGGCACCUACCUGGCCACCUUCCACCAGCGCGGCAUCGCUCUGUGGGGCGGAGAGAAGUUCAAGCAGAUUCAGAGGUUCAGCCACCAGGGCGUGUCUCUCAUCGACUUCUCACCGUGUGAGAGGUACGUGGUGACGUUCAGUCCCCUGAUGGACACCAAAGAGGACCCACAGGCCAUCAUCAUCUGGGACAUUCUGACCGGACAGAAGAAGAGAGGCUUCCACUGCGAGAGCUCUGCACACUGGCCCAUAUUUAAGUGGAGCCAUGACGGGAAGUUCUUUGCCAGGAUGACCCCAGACACACUGAGCAUCUACGAAACUCCCUCUAUGGGCUUGCUGGACAAGAAGAGUCUCAAGAUCACUGGGAUCAAGGACUUCUCCUGGUCUCCCGGCGACAACAUCUUAGCGUUCUGGGUCCCCGAGGACAAAGACAUCCCGGCCAGAGUGACUCUGAUGCAGCUGCCUUCCCGCCAGGAGAUCCGCGUCCGCAAUCUCUUCAACGUCGUCGACUGCAAACUGCACUGGCAGAGAAACGGAGAUUACCUGUGUGUGAAAGUGGACAGGACUCCCAAAGGGACACAGGGUGUCGUUACCAACUUUGAGAUCUUCCGCAUGAGAGAGAAGCAGGUUCCUGUUGAUGUGGUGGAGAUGAAGGAAAGCAUCAUAGCGUUUGCGUGGGAGCCUAACGGCAGCAAGUUCGCUGUUCUCCACGGGGAGUCUCCGAGAAUCAACGUCUCCUUCUAUCACGUCAAAAACAACGGGAAGAUCGAGCUCAUAAAGAUGUUCGACAAGCAGCAGGCCAACAGCAUCUUCUGGAGCCCCCAGGGACAGUUCAUGGUGCUGGCCGGACUCAGGAGUAUGAACGGAGCUCUCGCCUUUGUGGACACGUCAGACUGCACCAUGAUGAACAUAGCAGAGCACUACAUGGCCUCUGAUGUGGAGUGGGACCCGACCGGACGCUACGUCGUCACCUCCGUGUCUUGGUGGAGCCACAAGGUGGACAACGCGUACUGGCUGUGGACUUUCCAGGGCCGUCUCCUCCAGAAGAACAACAAGGACCGCUUCUGUCAGCUGCUCUGGAGACCCAGACCUCCCACUCUGCUGAGCUCAGACCAGAUCAAGAUGAUCAAGAAGGAUCUCAAGAAAUACUCAAAGAUCUUUGAGCAGAAGGAUCGUCUGAGCCAGUCAAAGGCUUCUAAGGAACUGGUGGACAAGCGCAGGGCCAUGAUGGACGAUUACCGUCGCUACCGGGAGACGGCGCAGCAGAUCUAUCUGGAACAGAAGAACCUCCGCCUCGAGCUUAGAGGAGGAGUGGACACUGACGAGCUGGACAGCAACGUGGACGACUGGGAGGAGGAGACCAUUGAGUUUUUUAUCAACGAAGAAAUCAUUCCUCUUGGAGAUCUGUAGUCCCCUACGCAGUCCAUCCGUUUUUGUGUGGAAGGAGGAGAGAGGAGCUACGUCACUGAUCGGAGGACGACGACCACGCUGUGAAUCUUGGGCUCAUCUUGAGCCUCGAAAUUCAACUUUAGUGACUUCAUCAAAGCACGCCUUGUGGAUCAGCACCCACACUGAGGGACUCUGUCUCUCACCAACAUCUGCCCCGUUUUUUCUUUUUUUUUUUCUUCUUUUUUUCUCUGUGGAACUUGACAUUUACUAAAACUGCCUCCCCUUUUCUAUUCAGUAGUCACUCUUUAAUCGGGACCCCGGCUCCUUAUUGGACUUUAUUCCUCUCGGGGUCGUCUCUGAACUAGCCUAACCAUGCUAGUGUGUUACUACAGCGCAGCACAGAGUGCCAUACCGGUGGGGGGCGGAGGUGUUGUGACUAAACAAGUAGCCUUGUUAAUAAAUGUGCUGAUGUGGCGCUAUAGUGGCCUGUAUCCUCCUCCGUUCAGACUAGGCUUUCACACAGGGAGGGGGCGCGCAGUGGGAAUAAGUUUAAAUAAACAUUCAAACACCUGG